GCAUUCCGUAUCCAUUGUAUCGCCGUAUCGUCAGGCAGUCUAUCACCAGUCAAUCAAUCCGUCUGCGACAGAUUCAAUUCAGCGAGCCCCUUGCCAGAAUUUCGUCCCGGUCAUCGACACCCCAUUUGCGACCUUUUCUUGAAGCGAAACAAAAUAUUUGCCACCCGCAGCAAAACUCCUCGGCCGAAGCCUCUGUGAACGAAUAUCCAUAAGCCCCUAUGCAACAGUGGCCUUGAAAGUGAACCUCUAUCAAAGCCUCCUUUAGGUCCUUGACAAUUCUUAUCUUCCCACGCGAUCAUCCUUGCGGCCACGGCAACCCUGCGAGCGAUUGCCCUUUGCGACCACAUCACGUGUUUUCAUUCUACGCUGACCCAUUGUCUCAAUUGUCUGGUACAAUGAGCAACCUCGAUAUAGAGAAGAAGCCCAGCGCCGGGCAGGUGACGCCCAGCAGCGAGUCGGCGUCCGGAUCCGACGAUGCGGACGCCCUCAAGUUGGCCGAGAUGGGAUACACGCAAGACUUGCAGCGCAAUUUCUCGGUGCUCUCCCUGAUCGGCAUUGCGUUCUGUAUGUCUAACUCCUGGUUCGGUAUCUCCGCCUCAUUGAUCACCGGUAUCAGCUCCGGCGGAACGGUCAUCAUCAUCUAUGGCCUGCUGUGGAUCACCUUCAUCUCGUGCUGUGUGGCAUCGUCGCUCUCGGAACUGGCCAGUGCCAUGCCCAACGCGGGCGGCCAGUACUUCUGGGCUGACCAACUGGCUCCGAAGAAGUACGCUCGGUUCGCUUCCUAUGUGACCGGCUGGUUCGGCUAUGCGGGUGCCAUCUUCGCGAGUUCCAGUGUGGUGCUCAGUCUGGGGUCUGGUGUAGUGGGCAUGUGGGCGCUGGGCCAUCCUUCCUUUGUUCCCAAACCCUGGCAUACCGUCGUAGCAUACGAGCUCAUCAACCUCUUCUGCUACCUGUUCAACUGCUGGGGCAAGUUCCUCCCGGCGGUCGCCAAGGCCACGCUGUACAUCUCGCUGCUCUCAUUCUUCGUGAUUCUGGUGACGGUGCCGGCGUGCGCCAGGCCGCACGCCAGCGGUUCGUUCGUGUUCGGGCACUUUGUCAACUCGACGGGGUGGAAGUCGGACGGGAUCGCGUUCAUCGUCGGGCUGAUCAACCCCAACUGGAUCUUCGCGUGCCUGGAUUCGGCGACGCACCUGGCGGAGGAGGUGCCGCAGCCGGAGCGCAACAUCCCGAUCGCGAUCAUGGCGACGGUGGGGAUCGGGUUCGUGACGUCGUGGUUCUACUGCGUGGCGAUGUUCUUCAGCAUCCAGGACUUGGACGCGCUGCUGAACUCGAGCACGGGGGUGCCAAUCCUGGAGCUGUACUACCAGGCGCUGCGCAACAAGGCGGGCGCCAUCGUGCUGGAGACGCUGCUGAUCGUCACGGGCAUGGGCUGCCUGAUCGCGUGCCACACGUGGCAGUCGCGGCUGGCGUGGGCGUUCGCGCGCGACCGCGGCCUGCCGGGCCACCAGUGGCUGUCAACCGUCAAUGCCAAGCUGGACGUGCCCAUGUGGUCGCACUUCGCCAGCUCGCUCAUCGUCGCCCUGCUCGGCCUGCUCUUCCUCGGAUCCUCCACCGCCUUCAACAGUAUGGUCACCGCCUGCAUCUCCCUGCUGUACAUCUCCUACUCCGUGCCCGUCAUCUGCAUGCUGAUCCGCGGCCGCGACACCAUCAAGCACGGCCCCUUCUGGCUGGGCAAAUGGGGCAUGGCCGCCAACUACAUCACCCUGGCCUGGACUCUGUUCUGCUUGGUUAUGUAUUCCUUCCCUGCCACCAUGCCCGUCAACACCGGCAACAUGAACUAUGUGUCCGUCGUCUACGGCGUCAUCAUCUUCAUCAUCAUCUGUGACUGGUUCGCCCGGGGUCGCAAAUCCUUCCGCGGCAGCCAGAGCUGUGUCGAGGACGCCGCCGCCGCCGCCGCCGCCCACUAAACGAAACACAUCUGCAUCUUCACUCCUGCAU